AGGGUAAGACUGUCUCUAGAAAGAUUGUGCUUUUUUAUUUUGCUUUGUAUCAGGCUUUCCUUUCUUUCCUCAUGUUUUUCCUUUUUUUAAAUCGAUAAGAUUAUGACCUUCGUUCGCUACACUAUUAAUGAUUGAUUUCAAACAAACACACAAUCUCAAAUAAAAACACAUUUGGUCACAUCAGCAGCAUGUGCAGACUGGGACAGUCCAUUCAUCUCAGGCCCAAGAAAGAACCAUCUAAAAUAGAGAUGAAGAUGAGGAUGAUGCUGAUAAUUCCAGUUCACGUUAUAAUGCUAGUGUACCUGUCAGUAUCGGGGGCAGAGGACACUAUGACUAUUUUAGAUGAGGUGAGAGCACUGAGAGCUGAGUUUAAACAUCUGAAGAGCACAUGCCAAGUGUACCUGUCAGUAUCAGGGGCAGAGGACACUAUGACUAUUUUAGAUGAGGUGAGAGCACUGAGAGCUGAGUUUAAACAUCUGAAGAGCACAUGCCAAGCCCGCCAUGUGGCCUUCACUGCUGUCCUCAGACCCUCUAAUCCAGAGAAACUAGGGUAUGGCAGCACUGGGCCCUUUAAUAAGGAAAUCACUCUAAUCCACAGCAGUGUUCUUACCAAUGUUGGUGAUGCAUACGACCAAACCUCAGGUAUAUUUACUGCCCCAGUGAAAGGAGUUUAUUACUUUACCUUCACCACAUAUACUUGGGCAACGGAUGUUGAUACUGGUGUGAGUCUGUACAAGAACGAUCAGCAAGUCCUGCUUGUGUGGGAAUUUCAGGACAAACCUGACAAUGAAGAUUUCGCAUCCAAUAGCGCUACUUUGCUUCUGGAGAAGGGUGAUACAGUUUACAUGCGCUUACCCUCUGGGUUCCAGGUCACCAGCAGCGAAAAGUCCAACAUAUGUACUUUCAGUGGUUUCCUCUUGUUCCCAAUGUGAAACUAUCCUGAAAAGAAAAAGCUGUUUUCUCAUCUUAUUGCAUUGUGCCUUCCAAAUGUGAAAAUCAGUAAAAAUGCAGUCAAAAAGCA